AUGAACGCCGCAGUGCGGAGAGUUGCACAACGGGUAGACAUCCCUGGGUUCCGAAAAGGCAAGGCGCCAAGGGCGAUUUUGCAGAACUUCGUCGGCAAGGAUUAUCUUGUCGAAGAAGCGAUGGAAUCUUUAGUUCCGGAAGCUGUUGGCGACGCGGUUAAAGAGCAGGAACUAACUCCUUUCGCUCCACCUCAAGUCAACGUCGAGCAGACUGAACCGACGGUUACUAUCCUCGCGACGGUCCCACUUCAGCCGACUGUGGUCAUCAGCGAUUACGGUUCCAUCCGUUACGACGAUCAACCGGAUGAAGUUACGGGCGAAGCAGUAGACGCGCUGAUGAUGCAGUUGCGUCGCAGCCAAGCAUAUUCAGUAUCUGCGGAGCGCCCGGCCCAAGAGAGCGACAUCGUCACCAUCGACAUUAAGUUCCAGCUCAACUUGGAUCUUGAAACAUAUGGCGAAGUGUUCGUUGGGUUGCACCAAGGUGUUAUCGGGAUGGAGGUCGGAGACGAAAAAGAGUUUUCGUUUGAGGUUUCGGAAGAUCACGAAUCACCGCAAUUUGCGGGAACGACGGCCCACGUUGAGGUCACAUUAAAGGAUGUACGUGAAGAAGUAUUGCCAGAGAUGGACGACGCGCUUGCGGUGUCUGCCGGGGUACCAGAAGUAGAGACCGUGGACCAACUCACUGAACACAUCCGGGACCAACUUGAACAACGUGCCGAGCAAACAUUAGUCAGCUCGGUCCAGAGCAAAUUCUUCGACGAAGUAGUCGAGGCAAGCGAAUUUACGAUUUCGCCGAUCGUGGUGGAACAUGAAAGCCAACACGUCCUCGAACGGUACGUUCAGCAACGGCGCUCGAUGGCGACGCGAACAGGCCAACAAUUCGCCGUGGGGGAACUCACAGAAGAAGACGUGAAUGGCGCCAAGGAAUACGCGGAGCGGGAAAUCAAGAACGCAUUAGUCAUUGAUGACUUGAUCGAGGCCGAAGACUUGGAGAUUCCUGAGGAAGACAUCACUGCCGAGAUCGAACGUGCGAACGAGAACGCGACAUCGGACGAGCAGAGACUCGACGACAAUGAUGAGACGCGUCGAUCGGUGAUGCACUACUUGAAACGACAGCGUACGAUUGAGAAAGUCAUCAACAUGGCACGCGGAUUGUCCGAAGACGCUCCCGUCGAAGCAGCUACCGCGUAG